AUGGCAAGUGGAUUGUUCGUUGCCCCUAAGCACGCUGGAGAAAAGCGUCCUAGGGAAGAUGAUAAAUAUGAGUCGAGGCCUGCUAAGCGUGUUCGUCAGGAGCAUAGUGGGUUGUUUUGUGCGCCAUCGGGACGACAGACAGUCUAUCAACCAAGACCGUCGAUUCAAAGACAAACUCAACCGCGUACUCAACCACCCUCUCAAGAGCCAACUCAAGAAGUAGUUCAGCCGAUCCCACCGUCUCAGUCUUUCAAAAAGCGUGAAAAAUCCGAAGUCUCCAGUAGGAAUUCCACGGAUCGAGUUCCCUCGCUGGACUCUCAAAUGUAUGAUUCUAUCCCGAGCAUUAAUUUCAAGUUCCCUUCCGAAUCUUCUAGUACUGAGACAUCUGAUCUUUCUGAUUCUACUGGCACUAUCUCAUUUCACGACAUCCUCAAUGAUAUCUUACGGGCCCGCUCGAAUCUCGAAGACGUUAUCGCGGGCCGCAGAUCUAUAUCAGAGGAUCUAAACCCUGAACAUCUUACGGUGAAGCUAACCCGCAAAAACCUUAGGAGACAUCGCAAAGUUGAGAGAAUGCGCCAUGCUGCCGCCCAAUCGAUCCCCCUACCCUCAGCUCCGCCCCGUCGUCCGAUCUUCAAAUCAGUAAACUGGAACAGAAGGGCUAGUCGACCAUAUAAAGAUGGUAGCGUAUCACCACGUGGGAAAUAA